AUGACCUCCCAGGAAGACCCCCAAGCCAACUCAGAUCAAGGCAGAUGGAAGCACCUUUACGGGAUCCUGACGCGCCCAGGCCCCUUCAGUGACGAAGACUGGAUUCCAGGGCCCGAGACUAUUUCGGCUCUCGCAUCUUCCAAGAUUUUCGGUGCUGGAGGCUUAGGAUGUGAGAUCCUCAAGAAUCUGGCCCUGUCGGGAUUUAAAGAUAUUCAUGUGAUUGAUAUGGGUAAGCCGUUGGCACUUAUCAAGUUGGAAAAAGUUACCAACGUCCAAGUAGAUACGAUUGAUAUUUCCAACUUGAAUCGGCAGUUCCUCUUUCGCCAGGCUGAUGUUGGGAAACCAAAGGCUGAAGUAGCAGCUAACUUUGUCGAAAAGCGAGUAAAAGGGGUAAAGAUCACCCCGUAUGUGGGGAAGAUUCAGGACAAAGAUGAAGAUUAUUAUAUGCAAUUCAAGAUAGUUGUGUGCGGCCUUGACAGUAUCGAAGCCCGACGCUGGAUCAACUCUACCCUCGUGGGCAUGGUAGAUCCUGAAAAUCCGGAAAGUUUGAAGCCUCUUAUUGACGGCGGCACAGAGGGCUUCAAAGGCCAGGCCAGAGUUAUACUACCAACUCUCACAUCAUGCAUCGAGUGCCAACUUGACAUGCAUGCACCGCGGCCUGCUGUCCCUCUAUGCACUAUUGCAACGAUCCCCCGCCAGCCCCAACACUGUAUAGAAUGGGCUCAUCAAAUUGCUUGGGGCGAGAAGCGCAAGGGUGAAGAAUUCGACGGCGACGACCUGGAACAUGUAACGUGGAUAUAUCAAACUGCUCUGGAACGUGCCGAACAGUUUUCUAUUCUCGGAGUGACAUUCUCGAUGACCCAAGGCGUUGUCAAGAAUAUCAUUCCUGCCAUCGCUUCCACCAACGCAGUUAUCGCCGCGGCAUGUACAUCCGAGGCGCUGAAAAUCGCGACGUCCUGCAAUCCCUUCUUGGACAACUACAUGAUGUACGCCGGUGAAGAAGGCGUUUAUACCUACACCUUUGCUUCAGAGCAGAAGCCGGACUGCCCUGUUUGCGGCAACUUGGCUAAAAAAGUCGACGUCAGCCCCGAGGCAACACUGCAAGAAUUUGUUGACUCCUUGGGUGAACGCGCAGAGGCGCAGCUCAAGACUCCCAGCCUCCGGACGGAAGAGAAAACUCUAUACCAACGUUUCCCACCUCAACUGGAGGAACAGACCCGGCCUAAUUUGAAGCGGAAGCUGAAGGAGCUUGUUGUCGACGGAGAGGAGGUGGCUGUCAGCGACCCUGCGUUUUCUAUUGAUUUCCGGUUCAGACUUGCGUUCAGAUAA